CAUCAAUCAACUUAUAUUUAUUUUCAAAGUUUAUGCAAAAGUAAAAGGAACACUUGUAUUAAGACGAGAGAGUAUAAAACCUAAAACUCAGUGCUUAUUUUCAGAUUAAUUGAUCAGAAUAAUCAUUUGAAAAAAAGCAUAGCUUAGCUUGUUUUUCCUCACUUUCAAUUGCUCAUUUGUUGAUUUGGUGAUUCAGAAAGAGAGAUGUAUUUUCAUGGGAAUGAAAGAACAUUAACAAUAAUAGUGUUAAUAAUGAGCACAAUUGGUUUGAGCGUGGUACCAAAAAAAUGUAGUGGUACAACAUUCCAAGAGUGUUAUAUUCCAUGCUAUAUUCUGUGUGCUAUUCAACCAACUCAUACUCUUGGUUACUGUGCUUUUGAGUGUCUUAGAGAUUGUAUUCUCCCUACAAAUCUUACUCAUGUUGAUUCCUUUCAUUUCUGUAACCUUGGUUGUGCUUCUUCUCAUUGCACCAACAUUAGUACCCUUAAUAAUCCAGGUGGAAAGGAAGUGGAAGGCUGUGUCAGAUCUUGCUCUGGAGUCUGCAAGAAGAAUUACUUAAAUAACUUAAAUCCAUAAAUAAUUUUAUUUUUGGGUGUGAGUUAAUUCAUUUUGCAUAUUUAUUUGAAUGUAGCAUUGGUUAUGGGUAGUGUGUACUAAUACUUGUAAGUUGUAACUCUCAAGGUUAUUUGGCAUAUCAGCUUCUUUAUUGUCAAUCAAUAUGUAUUGCAAGUCAUGUAAUAAUUUAUUCUAAGAGCAACUUAUGAAGUUAA